AUGGCAAGCGAUCCAAAGGACGACAGUGUUGAAACUGGUCAGGAAAUUGCCCAUGACAAUGAUCCUUCUCCCACAUCCAAUCCGGAUCAAAUCACGUUUGCUCCAGGCCGCCCAGGUCACUCCACGACGGCUGGACAUGACUUGUUCCCCUCCCCUCAUCAUCGCCCAAGUGCACCAGCCGCUCAUCGUCGUCCUUCCUUGGAGUCUAAGGAGCUCAUGGGUCCCAUUCUUCGUCGCAAAAAGGUCGUCAGUCUUCCAUUGGGUGCUGGCGGAGACUUCUUCUAUACAACCAUUCCGGAAGAAGGAGGCCAUCGCGCAUUGCUGAAUGAUUUCGAAGCGCAUCAUCGCGAAAGAGGCCUCAGCUAUGAUCCCAACCGUCGGCACUUGCGCCACAAACAGAAGAGCAACGAAGGCGGCGGCAAUGUUCCUGCUCCAUCAGUUCCGGCUCCUCCUUCUCCGGGAGGAUCAGGCCACCGCCGCCGCCAAAUGACGCCUCAACAGCACUUUAUGCGUGGAAUCAUUCGUCGUCGACAGGUGAGUUUGGAUCUGUUGGGACCCAAUGACUUCUUCGAGCUGCCGGAGGAUAUCCAAGCAUCGGUGCUCGUUGAUGAGGAAGCCAAGGAAGCCACGGAAAGCAUGCCGACAAUGAUUGAUGAAGAGGGGGAGGAACCUGCUGCUUCUGGUUCUGCGCUUUCCAGUGCUCCUUCUUCCGAGAAACAACUCUUCUUUCCUCUCCGCUUUUCCGCUCCUCGCCAGAAGCUAAAGGUUGGCGGAGGUGCUGGUCAUCAACAUACCGGUAGCGCGCACGGACCAACACCACAGGAUGCGCCCACCAAGCAAGAAGUUGACUCGGAGACACAGGAUGCCUUGGAACGGUACACUCGCGCUCAUGAACAGGUGCAAGCGGAAAUGAUGCGACUUUCCAAAGCCAUCCCAGAAGAAAGUAGCAGCCAGUUGACCAGUCUCGUGGCCAAAAUGGAAAGUAUGAACCCGGAUCACUCGGCUCUCAAGAGGUCUUUACUAAGGCGCAAGUCAACUGCCUCCUCUUCUGCAAUGUCAAAUGAGAGCGGCGACUUCUUUUCUGUCGCCCCAUUGGAUGAAAGCGGUGUGGGUUCCAAAAUGACGGAAGGAUAUUCUGAGGUUGACACGGCAGAAAGCGAUGACGACGAAGAAGAUUCCGAUGUGAUCCGUGCCGGACGAUCCGACAAGAUCAAAGCACUGGUUUGCUUCUUCAUCAUGCUGGCCCUGACCCUUCUUGUCUCGCUCUGGCGCACGCAUCUUGAUGAAGCAAGCUUCAUUUUGGGCCCGGUGGGUCUGGCCUGUGUGACCUCUUGCCCGGGCAACCCAACCACUCGUGAUUUUUUUGACGGGCACAAUCACUUCAAAGAACACGAAGUCAUUGACCUCGUCAUGCACUUGGAUGGGAAUAGUGUCGCGAAGGAACUCGAGACACACGCUCUUGUGGAAAUCAUUGGUGUCGAAAGUGGAAUGGUCAAAGCCAGUCGUCAGUUUGGCCCACCUGGAGAGGAGCGACAUACACUGGUCCAUGACGUUGUCGUUGACUUCCCACACCCUGAUGAAGCCCACGUCAUCAAUGUGACAUCCACCGACCCGAACGUAGAGCUCUCCUUUACCCUUCUUGCCGACGUCAAGGCACCUCUGGCGGAUCAUUCCGUGGUCGUGGCCGCUGUCAUCAUGGUGCUGGUAUAUGCUUUUAUCCUCUUGGAAGUCAUCCAUCGCACUUUGAUUGCCAUCUAUGGAUCCAUGGUUGCCCUGAUGUUUUUCUUCAUCAUGGAAGGCGGACAUGUGGAAUCCAUCAGGAUGAUAAUGCUCCAUUUGGAGUGGUCAACACUGGGACUAUUAUUUGGAAUGAUGCUUAUCGUGGGUGAACUUUCCCACACUGGUGUGUUUGAGUGGUGCGCUGUGAGGAUUCUUAUCUUUAGCAAGGGGAGCUACGUCCGCCUCUUGGUACUCUUGAGUGUCCUCACCGCGGUUGCCAGCGCCUUUUUGGACAAUGUGACUACGAUGUUGCUUGUGGCCCCGGUCACCAUUGAUAUGUGCCAUAUCGUCGGAAAUAUCGACCCUCGCCCUUACCUAAUUGCGGAAGUCCUCUUGAGUAAUAUCGGAGGCACUGCUACUUUGAUUGGAGAUCCUCCAAACAUCAUCAUUGGGUCAGCAUUCUCGGAGAUCAUUGGCUUUGUGGAUUUCAUCACAAACGUUCUUCCAGUCAUCUUUGUCUUCUGUGUCCCAGUCGCACUCCUGCUUGUGGUGUAUCUCUAUCGUUGGUAUCUGACGUCGUCCCAGAUGCGAGUUUUGGACACUGCUUUGCUGAAGAAAACCUACAAGAUCUACGACGAGCCCCGCCUGCUCAUUUCAGGAAUCGUGACGUUCUUCGUCAUUUUGAUGUUCUUCCUCCAUCCCGUGCACCACAAGGACACCGCUUGGAUCGCUCUGUUGGGAGCCUUUGUGACGAUUGCUUUUACCAAUCCACAUGACAUUCAGAGCGCACUUCGGAGUCACGUUGAGUGGGACACCCUGCUCUUCUUUGCGGGUCUCUUUGUCCUGGUGGAAGUAUGUGCUGCAAUGGGGCUGCUUCAGGCCAUUGGUGACGCCCUGGCGAGCUACAUCUCUGACCAAGAGGAAGAUCAGCAGCUGACAGUAGCCAUUACCCUGCUUCUCUGGGUUAGUGCCUUUGCAAGCUCGUUCUUGGACAACAUCCCGUACACGGCGACUAUGAUACCAGUGAUCAGGAUCCUUUCAGCAGAGUUGCCUGAUACUCUCCCAUUGGAAACGCUCGCCUGGGCGCUUUCCUUGGGUGCCUGCCUCGGAGGAAACGGGACGCUGUUAGGAGCAAGUGCAAAUAUUGUCACUGCCGGGAUCUCCACCAACAAGGGCUACGAGAUUUCAUUUGUCAACUUUUUCUAUCCCGGUAUGCUGGUUAUGAUUGUGACCGUGGCUAUUUCCAACCUGUACAUGCUGGUCCGCUACGUUUGGAUCUGA